CUCUGACAGCAACGGCAGGGAAGGCUCGAACAGAAUAUCGUACGGCAGAUUAUCCGAAGGCAGUGUUACUUGUACCUCAUCAAACCGGAGCAAUUGCUACCUCCGUGCAUACGAAGAUCGCGCAAGCUGUGGCAACUCGCUUCAACAUAACAAUGGCGGUUGCUCGGAGACACGUGCCGGCUACGUUACCACAGUGGGGCAAGGUGCAGAUCAUAGACGGUGGUGACCUGAUUUACGCCCGUGAUCUCGUUCCGCUGCGAGAACGCGACCGAGAUGCGUCGUUCGUACGGUACCAGCUGCUCGUGGAUAAGAAUGCUCGCCGGCGUGCACUAACACCGGAAUUCGAGCCAUGCGAUUUCUAUGGCCAGCUGAGAAACAUUUUUGUCUUGGAUUUGCCGCCAUCCCGUGAUCUUGGGCUUUCAGAGUCGACAACUAUCUUGCUCGCUGCUGUACACUCAGUGAAGAUUGACAAACCGGCAGAUAUUGAUGUCCCAUUCUACAGGGAAGAAGGUCGGACAGAAGUAGUGGAUCUCGCCGCCGUGCAGUGCGUAGUUGGACGUGUGUAUGAUGAUGUGCGUAAGUGGUGGGCAAUUAUUGACCGGAGUGGUCCUUUGGCCCAGCCGAUAUUCGUCGAGGGCGGGGAGGACAGCCUCUCAUAACUGUCCCAGUACUAGUAUUGAACUGUUUUUUGGGACUCAAUUGCGGCAGGAUCUCAUUCUAUAAUCGUACUACUUUACACUCCUCUUUGC